AAGACUGGGCUCGGAGGCUCACUGCCGAACAGCGUGGUGAGAGUAGGGAGCGGCCCGCAACUCUCAGACCUGACACCCGCAGACCCCCGCGAGCAGCCCCCAGAAAAGCCGGAAAGAAUGCCUUGUCGGAAGGAGAACUACAUCUUCCUGGAGCAGUCCGUCACCGUGGACUCCAAGGAGGUGGACGCGCUGGUCACCAAGAUCGGGGAGGCGCUGCAGCUCCACAACAACAGUACGGGGGGCCAGAAGACCAUGGCGUGCCUCCACCACGGGGUGUCAGUGGACACCAACGCCGGCCUCAAACAUGCCGGCGGUAGCGUCACCAACGUCGGCUUCGCAAUGCAGCAGAAGCGGGGCGGCCAGGGCUGCUGUAUGCGGCUGAGGAACCGGUCGCACCGCAGCAGUCGGGCCAGUCCCUACGGCGUUCCCGUGUCCGGGGACCAGGAAUGGAACCACAUCAAGCCGUGGAACAAGAAGCGGUUGACGGCGGCGGAGGACGACGACCCGCACCGGCUCCUCCAGGAACUCAUACUGUCGGGGAACCUCAUCAAGGAGGCCGUGCGGAGGCUGCAGUUCCCCGCUGCGGAGUGUGGGGAUUUCUCGGCAGGAUCAGACUCUGUGUCGUGCUGACGAGGAGGUCUAUUCCACCCCCACCCCAUUCAACCGCGACACACAAUCGUUUUUCACACAUUUUGUGUACAAAAACCCAAGACUUUAUUUCUUAUUUAGGAUAUGGAUUCAAUAUCACGGGUUUAGUGGCUCGUCUCCCCCCUUUGUUGUGAGUUUCCUACUCGGUGCUCUGUGAGCCUGUGAUUGGCCGCAGCCGGCGGUGUGCUGGCCUGUUGUGUUUAUGUUUGAAUCCUCCCGGUGGGGGGGCUGUCUCCCCCCUGCGGUGACUCACUCUCGGCUUCCAUAGCCUCCGAGCGACCAGCUCGACUUUUUAUUCCUGGUUUCGAGCCGUUCCUACAAGCUGCCACUGUGACCAUGUUUACAUUCUGCGAUGCUGGGGAUUCAGAAGCGACGAUCGGGAGGAGGAGACAUUUUUCAGACUUUACGCCCGGCUUUGAGCACGUUUCUGGGGGUGGAUGCGCUGGACCGAGUGACCCGGCCCGGAUGUGAUGUCUCACAGCCCGGCCCUAAACCUGGGCCCGGUUGUGAUGGGUUCCAUCCCGGCGGUAGUUGGUCUCCAACAUGUUGUUUGAAGAGGUCCUCACACGGCAUAUGGCUCACUGGUGCUUCACGUUUUUUGAAUUCCAGUGAGGAGUUCAACGUUUAACGUCGUCUUUGUUUUCCUGUGUCCAGAAAUUCAAAAAUGAUCACUUCGUAACGAAGUAUUUUAUAAUGUUCCUGAAUAUUCAGGCCUUUUUUUUGGGUGUCUAAAUAAAACACUUGUUUUUUUUCCAACCGCA